AUGACACGGUCUGGCGGCAUGUGUCUGCCGUGGAUCCUCCCAUGGCAGAAGAACAUGACUCUGGACCCGAUCCAGAAGCUCGUGACGGCGGCAAAAGACGACGACCGACGACAACUCACCCGAAAUUGGAGAGAGUCGAAGCUGGCGGAGCUGAAUUACGUGGGGUUGACGAGCGCACUCGUCACCAGUGCAUUUGCCAGUGCCAUCGGAUGGCAGACGGUCAACUUGAUCCCCUAUGUCCUGGGGAUCUGGUUCGGGGGCCUCAUCCUGGUCUUGACGUCCAUCUUCAUCGCGACCGCGCAGAGCAUCGCCGUCUAUCGCUUGACGACCAGCGACGAAGGCCUCGACGAACUGGCGGGGUUGCUGGGGAACAACCCACAAGAUCCGGGAAGUUCGCAACCGCGCCGAUUCCAGGUCCUGGCGUGGCAGAUGCCCGUGAUGCUGCUCAACCUCAGCAUCACCUUGUUUCUCAUCGGUCUCUUGUGCCAGAUUUUCAACUCGUACACCAUGACUAGAAAAGAUGUCAAGGUGGGUAGUGACCCCCAAUCUGGAGGGUUGUGCGACAGCGGGUCAGAAUCCAAGCUAAUCGAACUGAUUUUGAUGUAG